UGAGUGUGUGUGUACGUGUAUGUGAGGAAGACUACAUACACACUCACAGCGCCACUCAUACAGACCCUCGUACACACUGACAGACACACGCACGCGCUCGUCGAGUGAAGGAGGAAUCGAAAUUUAUUUGUAUUUUCUACGAAGAGGUUAAUUGCAGAAGGAAAAAAAAGGAAUAAAAUAGAGAAAAGUUUAGGAAGGAAGGAAAAACGGAAGGAAGAAAGGAAGGAAGGAAGGAAGGAAAGAAAGAAGGACAGGUGAACCAAUUAAGGUGAACCAGAUACUCACACCUUACCUUUCCACGUAAGAAACAAAAAGAAAAGAAAAAACCCACAGAAAAAAGGACACAAAAAGAAAAAAUCUCGUAACCUGUGAAAAGGAAAAGAAAAGAAGUAAAAAAAGGGGAGAAGGAGAAAGACUCAGAAAAAAUGACGUGGUUAUGGGUGAGAAAGAGAAGAGAGAGAACCAUUUUCCUUAUCCUUACCCUCACGACGACUCUUCUUCACUUCACCACGGCGGAGGACGAGACCACCACCACAAUCAACACCACGACCCUACCUGACGCCGAAGGAGGAGGAGGAGGAGGAGGAGAAGAAGGAAAUGGAGGAGGACUCAGGAACUCCUCCAGCUUCUCUCCCUACCUGGACUUGACUAAUUUCGUGGAUGGGAUUAAUAACUGGGACUUCAUGGGGCCGUGGGCCAAGUACGAUCUGUCUCUGCUUGACGAGGCAUCAAGACCCCUGCCCCUCGUACCUGACGCAGAGGAUCAGGGAGUGUUUAUCUGCCAGACCUCAGCGCUGCCCAGUACCCUGCAGAAGAGCUUUCCUACCCUGCACAACGCCACUCUAUCCCUCACCUACUACGCCAAGGCUUCCAAUGGCCAGCUGUCCAUGACGGGUGUAGUGUUGGCGGCGGAAGGGUCGAGGGAGACACUCUUCAACUACUCUGUGCCAGGGGACGGGGCGGCACACCCUGAGGGGACAUGGGGCACCGACACCUUCGAGAUUCCCCCCUUGGCUGCCCAGGGGACUUCAAGAUUCUGUUUGGGGUUCAACACAACGAGGCGGGCAUGUGGGCGGCGGCAGACAUUACUGUGAGGGGAAUGACAGGACCGCCCGUCACCACCACUCCUGCACCUCCUAUCCCUCCACAAGCGAACCUCACAACAGAAUCUAGCCUCAAUGAAACGACAACAACAGCAACACAGGUUAAUGGCACCACACUUGAGCCUGCUAACGUCACCACCAUUGCCACUGUCACCACUACUGAAGAGGAAGAUCUGAGUAGUCUAGAGAGCGUGGCGCAGGCAAUAUGGGACGCCUUCUACGUGUUCCUGGCUUUAUUCUGCGCCUGUCUCGUGGCCCUCGUCGCUCUCAUCGUUCACGGCAGAUGCAAGUACGUGGGUUCCUAUCCUCUGCAUAGGGAGUCAGCGUGAACUAGCCCGAGAUGACGAGCCGCCCCCUGCCGUGGCCACCUACAACCCCCGCACGGCUUCCUACAGAAUGGAUAAGGUUUACGACAACCCGUCCUACGAUAACAACGCCGUGUGACUCCCGCCACGCCGAGCCACCCUAGACCUGCAUGACAUUGUGUGACGCUGACGGGGCUGCGGGAGGAGACUGACUGGCUGACUCACUGACUGUCUAACUGGCUGACUGACAGGCUGACUAUAUUGUGUCUGGAGAUGAAUGCAUUGGUUGAUUGACGUGAUUCUUGACUAGCUGAGUGAGUGAAUGCUUGAGUUGUGAUGCCUGGGAGUGAAUUCUUGACUUUUUUGUGAUUGAUGGAUUGAAAUGAUGAGUAGAAAGAUUGAUUGCCUGAUUGUUUGGUUCAAUAUAUUUUGAAUGGAUAAAUUGAUGGUUUAAUUAAGGAAUGAGUGUGUGAUUGAUGGGUUAAAUUGGCGAGUGAAUACGAAAGAUGUCUAACUGAUGGAUUAACCUCUUCAGUAUUUAGACGCAUUUUUACAGUGAGUUUAUGUACGAAUAGACAGACAAUUUCAGUAACAUUAGAAAGGAUCCAUGAAGGUCAGAAGAUUAUUGGCCACAGUUUACACUAUUCUAAUCCCCAUAUACGUUUCUGAAACUGUAUAAAAUCACCAACUAGUAACCAGAAAGAAUAUGAGAACGCGUCCAGGUACUGAAGGAGUUAAUGGAUUGACUGAUGGAAAUUUGGGAGUGAAUGAAUGGAAAAGUUGAUUCUUAUUUUAUGUCUGUCCUUUUUAUCGCCUUUAUUUGAGUUCUUAUUCUUGUUCUUUCUUUUCUAUUUUUUUUCUUACCUUUUUUCUCUAAUUUCUUACACCUAUCUUUCGUGUCCUUGCUCUAUUCCUCAUUUAUCAUGCUUCACCUAACCUUCCUCCUGCUCCUCGUCGUGUGUGUGUGUGUGUGUGUGUGUGUGUGUGUGGAAAGAAAACGGAUAGGUAGGAAAUUAAAGGGUGGCUGGGCGGAAUAUUUACAUGGAUAUAAUUCUAUUGAUACGAGAUAUAUAUUAAUGUGAGAGGUUAAGAUGUCUUUAUUCAUACGUAUACUAUAUUUCCAUGGGUGUAUACUUGGGGGUAAAUGUAUAAAGGUGCGUGUAUGUAUUAAUAAAUGUAUUGAAGUGUAAUGGGUACGAUGUGUGAAUUGUUGUGUGUAUAAUUUACGGAUUGUUGCACCUAGUCAAAAUGAAAAUGUCUGUUCAGAUGUGUGGGUUAUAAUACUUGUGUAGAAAGGAAUGUAUGAAUGAGUGGUUGUAUGAACUGACAUGUGCAUGUUAAUGUGUGUUUUUUGUGUUAAUGGAUGGGUAAGGUAGAUAGAUAGGUAUGGUAGAUAGAUAGAUAGAUAGAUAGAUAGAUGAGUAUGCAGACAGAUAGCUAGAUAAAUGUGCAUGGAUAUUAAGGGGAUAAGCUGAUAGAUGAGUAAGAAAAAAAAUAUAUUCUGCCUGUGAAACUCAUAUUGUUGAAAGUUUGUAACACAGAUAAACAGAUAAGAAAGAAAAGAUACACAGAUAGACUGAUACUUGAUAUUUUAUAUAAAUGAGUGAAUGAGUUGAGCGAGUGAGUGAGUGAGUGAAAGAUAUAAAC